AUGCAUCUCAGGGCCCAGCUGAACAACAACCAGGUAAUCCCAUCUGCUCCCUUCAUAAACGCCCACAUUAUCACCCUUGUCGCGAACCCCACGGUAUCCACUGCAAGUAUCAUCUCCAUCACCGGCGACCACAUUCCUGAUGUUCCGUCACCACCACCACCAUCACCACCACCACCACCACCACCACCACCACCAACACCAACACCAACACCAACACCACCACCAUCACCAUCACCACCACCACCACCGGCAAUGCUAACUUGGUCCCCACCAGUCCUCUUUGCGAGGAGUUGA